AAAUGAAAUGAAAAUCAGUUGAAAACGAGAUAACAAACUGAAAAGCCGACGUAGCGGGUGCUGUCUCGCCGAUUUAAAAUUUGCACUAGCAAAAAUCCAAAUAAAUUAGCAGAGUGCCAGUGAAGUGUGUGAGCGUGAGUGCAAAGCGUUGAAACAUAUUCGACCCAAAAUCAUUAUUCCAAUAGCUGAAAAACAGUGCAAAGUGCAAAGCAAAAGUAAAAGGACUAGCCCAAAGAUACACACACACAGAGGGAAAAAUACCGACAGAUCUGAAGAGGUCCUUUGAGUUUUCCCGUGAGUGCAACAAAUACAGGCACGGUACACACAGAUACACAGAUAUCAGCCACACACACACACACACCACUCGUUCGUACUUUCAAUAUGGCGGAUGUCCUGGAGAAAAGCUCCCUGCUGGAUGCUGUGCCACCACUAGGCGAACCCUUCCACCCACCGCUGCCCCACCAGCAGCUGCAACAGGAAGCAGCAGCAAAUGCCGCACCACCAGCAGCACCACAGCAACAACAACAGCAACCACCACCACCAUCGCAUCAGCAACCACAACAACAACAGAAGCCUGCAACUGCGAGGGCUAAUCAGGAUCAAAAAGGUGAGGGGGGUCCCUAAUGCACUGAAAGAUAAUAGAUACGUUGGGAUAAUAUUUGUUAUGAUUUUUCGAAUCGAUUUCAAUACAAAAAUGUUGUCAAAUUAUUACAUUUUACGAUUAUACAUAGAAUAAAAAUACUUAAAC